AGCAUACCAGCGAAGAAGUAUUCAAUCCCUCACUGGAAAUGGCGCCCGACGAUGGCGAAGCUUGAAGUUCCUUGGAACCUUUCAUCCAUCGGAAACGCCGAGCAACAUUCGUACCGAUCUGACUGUGACGGGCAACAGGCGGCACAUUUGCCUUCGUGGGUCCCGAUAAAAGCCGCCAAGAGAGGGGAAGUUGGCCAUGUAUGAGCUAACAGCGCAGGUCACCAGCAGCCUGCUGCCUUUCUCAGCAGUGACCCCCGAUGGCCCCCUUGGAGAGGAUGAGAUAACGGGGGACUCUUUGCUUCAAGGCAGGUUUACCGUUGGCCGUGGAGGACACGCUUGGCUCGCCUGUGGGCCCCAUCUGGAGUUCGUCCACGCACUGACCGGAGAACGCCUGUCUGCGUACCGCUUCAGUAGCGAAGGGGAGCACCCGCCGAGCAUCCUCGCCGUGAGGGACUUCAGAUGGCUCAAAAGGUCUGGGUUGUUGGUGGGCUUGGAGGAAACAGAAGGGAGCGUGCUGUGUCUUUAUGACUUGGGACUGUCCAGAGUGGCCAAAUCUGUGGUUAUCCCAGGAAGGAUUACAGCCAUAGAACCGUUAGUGAGCUAUGGUGGAGCAAGCACCUCCACCCAGCACCUCCACCAGAGUCUUCGCUGGUUCUUUGGCAUUGCCGCUGUAGUAACGGAUCUCGGCCAUGUUCUGCUCGUGGACCUCUGUCUGGAUGACCUCUCUUGCAGCCAGAGCGAGCUGAAAGCUUCAGGUUUGCAAGUAGUGACCAAAACUCCAAGAGAGAUUCCUAAGCUUCGGGAAUUGAGCAGCAGAGAGGGCAGACAUCUUUCCCUCCAAUUAAAUGGGCCGAGUGGUGUGUCAGCCACAGCACUGCACUAUAUCCCAAGAACAAACCAACUGGCCGUUGGCUUCUCUGAUGGCUACUUGCAGCUUUGGAACUUGAAGUCUCUCAGAAAAGAAUACCACUCCCAGUUAGAUGGUGGCAGAGUGGCCGUUCAUGCCUUCACUUUCCAGGAGCCGGAAAAUGACCCCAGAAACUGCUGCUACCUCUGGGCUGUCCAGUCUUCUCAGGAUCAAGAGGGAGAUACGAUCAGUCUUCGGCUGCUACAGAUGGCUUUUAGUGAGCGGAAGUGUCUAGCCUCAGGGAAGAUCCUCUAUGAGGGUUUAGAGUACUGUGAGGAGCGGUAUAGCCAAGAGCUGAGUGGCGCGGCUUUUCCUGUCAGAGCCCAAAGCACCAACACCCGCCUGCUGUGCUGCCAGACCAUUGAGAAAUUCCGACCCCACCCAGACAGGGACGACAGCAUGAAUGAAGUUGCAUCUCCAGACACCAGUGUGGCCAUCUUCAGCUGGCAAGUCAAGGCCUAUGGACAGGGGACGCCAUCUACUUACAUUGGGAUUUUUGACAUCAACCGUUGGUACCAUGCACAAAUGCCUGACUCAUUCAGAAUGGGCGAGUCUUUGCAGAACUGUCCCUACCUUGCAGUUUGGUGUUUGGAUCCAGUGACACAAAUGGCUUCGCCGCAGACCCUGCUCGAUGUUGUAGUACAGGAAAACAGUCUCAGCAGAGGUCUGCCUUUAACUUUCCCCCCACCAGAACAGUACUUUAACCCGACCGCAUAUAACUUUGCUGCCAUCUGUUUAUUCAACUCUGGAAUUGUCCAUUCAACUUGCUCUGGAUAUCAGAAAGAGACCUUGAGCUUUUUGAAGAAAGCUGCUCCCUGUUCCAGGGACCUCAUCUCCAGCAGUUAUUCACGUUGCCUCAUGUCAGGCCUUCUGUCAUCUCGCCUCGCUGACGCCCACACCUCCAGCAUCUCGCAGGAGGAGCAGCUGGAUGCGAUCUUGUCAACUGCAUUGGAGACUAACUCUUUAGGACUUAUCACUGGUUGUAUAAAGCAGUGGACUGCAGAGGAACAACCUGGCUCUGCACUAAACCUGCGCUAUAUCUUGGAUUGGGCCUGGAACAAAGUGACCCAGACCAAGGAGGAACUGGAUGGCAUCUGUGCACCACUGUUCGACACCUCAUCCAACUUCACAGAUCCUCAAACCAUGCAGCUACUGCAGCACAGCCAGAGACUACUGGAAAAUCUCAGAACCAUCUUCCACUGUCUGCUCACCGAAGCGCAGGAGCUCACACAAAAUGGUCUACUCGGUCUGAUCAAUAAGAAUGUGGUGUCCAGUCUGAUUUCCAAGUACGCACAAGUGGUCCUCUGGUUCUGUCGCACUGGCCUGCUCCCGGAAGGUUCAGAUGUUGAUGCCAUGCAGAUCCCCAGGCCUUUCUACAGUCACUCAGUCAUCAGCAACUAUUACUCUAUUCGCAGGGAGGAGCUCACCAAUCUGGCAAAGAGCAAGUGGUGUGCAGACUGCCUGAUGAUUGACAGUUUGGUCAGCCAAUGUGGCGAGCAGUUGAGCAACCUUUGGAAAAGGGAUCAAGGUGGAACAGGACAGUACCCACCGCCUACCCUUCAUGCUUUGCUGGAUAUUUAUCUUCUGGAAAGCGUUGACGGGGCUGCAAAACAUGCGAUUGUAAUCUACUUAUUGCUAGAUGUCAUGUACUCUUUCCCCAGUAAGGAGGGAGCGUCAGUGGAGUCAUUUCCCACAGCGUUUGACAUCCCUAUCGGAUUAGUUAAAUUGGUGCAGGGCCUCUGGCUGUUGGACCACCGUGACCACCAGGGUUCAUUCGAGCUGCUCCUGAAUCCAGCCGCCUCUCAAUGCCACUUCGAGUGGCAGCAUGAGCGCGUCUUGCAAGCGCUAAUGUGCCAGGGCCAACACUCCUUGGCACUCCGCUAUUUUUACAUCACAAAGCCCCCCAUUUCCUCCAUCUCCCAGGCUAGACUGUGUCUGGCUGUACUGCUACACAACAGGUGUCUCAGUGAGGCAUGGUCAUUACUACGGCAACACUCAAGUCAUCUCAAUAUGGCCGAGCUGCACAGCUUCUUGUACGAGAGCUGCCAGGAACUGGGCCUCAUUGAAGACAUACUCAAACUGCCCCUCGGUCCCUCUGAACAGGAAACUUUGGAGAAGUUUCUCCAGAGUGCAGGUGGGCUCAAAAACAGGGAGAUAUUGUUGGUUCAUUACCUUCAGCGAGCCAACUACAUACCUGCCCUACGACUCAACCAGGCCCUCAAAAUGCAUCUUGUGAAUGAGCGUGACCCAACACUUAAAGAGCGAUCCAACACCCGCAACGCUAUAGUGGACCAGUAUGCAAAGGUUUUGCCCAGAGUUCAGAGGAAACUGGCAAUGGAGAAGGCCAAAACCUACCAACAUCCGAGCACCGUCCACAAAGAAGUGACUCGUCCACAGCCGCUGUCAACUAUCAGCAAGCGUUCUGCCAAUGCGAAAGUGAUUUCCAGAGCGGGCUUCAUCAACAAUGUCCUGAGCAAGAUUGAGGAGUUGUGGUUGGCUAAAGGAGAGACGACACAUUCUUCCCCUGAUAGAAAUCCGAGAACUCCUGGAUUCCAGAGUCCGCCAUCUAAGCCGACAUCUCAAGUCCAAGCCGAACCAUUCCUUGGAACUCCAAUUUCCAUGAGCUCUAAACGAAAAUCAAGGCUGAUAGACUUGGUGGUUCAUCCAUCCUGUCACACCCCUCGGCCUCUUCUAAGUCCUGCCAGACCUUCUUGGGCCAUUCUCAAAAGCCCCACUAAGGCCCCUGAAUUUAACCUUUUGCAAACUCCAUUGAUUGUGAAGCGUGCUCGUGCCCUGGCUACUUCCAGCACAGUCUUCUCAGGAUUCACACCUCAGUCCAUCCUCCGCAGUAGCCAGAGGCCCACUCCCAUGGCCACUCCCUCCGCAUCUCCUGGCCGCUCCAUCACGCCUCCGCUCCGCAGCAAAGAGAGCAGGAUCACCUUUAGUGAAGCGGCUCAGUCUCCUGAACCAGAAAAGGAUGUCCACUGGACCAACGGGAUGCCAGCAACGAGUGAGAUUAGCUUGCUCACCAGAGCAGCCAGCCCGUCUCACCCAUGUAAGACAUGGUCCGUUCAACUGGAUGAAGAUGAAGAAGCAGAUGUGCCCCGUGUGAAGUUUCUGCCUCCUGAAGGUGGUAUUCCGUCACCACAGCUGAGAUGCUCUAUCAGGGAAUCAUUUACUGUUCACGAAGCUGGAGAAUCAACCAAACCGUCGGAGGCGGCACACACUCGACUUAGUUUGAGCUUUGACGCCAGCCAGAGUUUCCAGUCAACAGACACCACUAUGGAAUACUACGAUGCUGCUCUCCCAGGUGACCAUCAACAGGAAGGCGAGCAUAUCAACACAGAAAAAGACGACGAUGUCGUGACCGUGAACCUCAAGUUUUCAAGUGAAACGAUAGAAUCCGAGCAAAACUCUACUUCACCUAUUCCCCUGCGGAUAGCGAGUGACGCCGAGCAUGAAGACCAUGAGCAGAAGGGCGAAGAGACCUUUGAAGAUGUGAUGGCGAUUGGUGUGGCACAAGAGAUUGACAACAAAGAAGAAGCGGAGUGCAAAAUGGAUGAUGAAGUAGACACUGAUUCCAAUAGCAAACAAGAGAAUGCUGAUGGAUUUGAACAAGAAGAAUCAUCCUGUCAUGGUGGUAAGAUGGUAGACAGUGCCCCAGAGACAGAAUCUCAGCCAUUGAUCACCGAGGAGAAUAUCACCGAGUCAGAAGUUCUUGAACCCACUGCUACUUUAGAACAGGUUAAAGCAUGUGGUGACUCUCAAGUGCUUACAUUCACGCAGCAUGUGACCACAUGUGAAGACGGCGAAGUCACAAAGUUCAUUCAGAGCAUGAAUGCAUUUGGAGAUACUGAAGCAACUCUAUUCACUGAGCCUGUGCAAACAUUUGGAGAUUCUCAACCAGCAGAUGUACCAGCAGAGAAUCUGGACCAAUCAAUAAAUCUGUCAGCCUUUGUGGAGGAACAUUUAUUUGGUAGUGGUCUGUCUCCUCCUUUGACCCGCUCUGGAAUCCAUGACGUAUCCCGGACACCCCCCAGCGGUGAGGUAGAAGAGGAAGAGCAGACUUCUGCUGAACCUCCACCCAUUUUCACCACCGAAAAAUCCACCUCCUCUGGGACGUCUUCUGAGGGUACCGGCACAGACUCCCACUCUGUUGUGAGUGUGAACGAAAGUGAAGAACUUUCAAGCUCCAAGUCUGGGGAGGAGGUAGACGACGAAGAGGAGGAGGAAGAAGCCGAAGAAGUUGGUGAGGAGGAGGAAGAAGAAGAAGAAUCUGAUGAGGCUGAGGAAGAGUGCAAUGACGAGGAGGACGACUCUGGUAGUGAAGUCGAGAUCAUCGAGGAGAUCCAAGGCAACGGGAGCCUGCGAGUCCCCCCACCAGACUCGGCCUUUGUCCACGAUGACGUCAAUCACUUCUUACCGAUGUUGUCGGAGCAGGAAGCUGCGGAGUUUUCUCUUAUGCCACCAGGUGUAGAGAUGAAGGUGGUCGGAGAGGAAAUGGAAGGCGAGGUAUUAAUGGUGAGACUUGGCGCUGAUACAGACGCGAUGGAGACGGCUGAGGGUGGGGCUCCAAGGUCCUCCUACGUGGAGCUUAAACCUUCAACAUCUCUCCUGGUCCCUCCCGAGCUUGUGGACGGCCAACAGGAAGAGAUCCACAGCGCCCCCCUCCGCCCGCCUGAGAUCCAGCAACCCGUCACGCCAGACGAGCAGCGGUGUGAACCUCAUGGCACCUUCUCGUUAAUCCUGGACAUGGAUGAGGAUGGCGAUAAAGAGGUGGCUAUGAUGCCCGUGGAGGACUAUCUGCAGUCAUCAGAACCAGUUGUAGUCGCCACUGAGGACCUGGUGACCCAACCAGACAUGAUUCUUCUGGCACCUGAUGCGAUCGAGUCUGAGAAGCUCAUUCAAGAUGAGACGAAGGAAAUUGAGUCAGUGGAUGUGGACAUUCAAAUCAACGGUCAGGCUGACCUACAGUACAGUUACACAGAGACAGAACUGAAGGUGGAAGACCCUCAAGAACAAAUAGAUUCCAAAGAUCUGGAGCCUGCCGUUCUACCAGACUCUGAGCCCUCGCGAGUGGAAGAACCUGUAUUAGUUUUGGAGGACAGAGAUGGUAAAAAUUCUGUAGUAGCACAAGUUGCCACUGAGGAGAUGGAACAAGAAGAAGGAAAAACUGAAUUUACUGUGGCCCUGAAAGAGUUUGAAGACAAUGAACCUGCUGAGGUAGAAGCAUCCGUCACUCCUGCAGAGCCCACAAGCAUUUUGGAGGAUCGGCAGCAGCAUCUGGCCCCCACAGAGCAGCAGAGCGAAGAACAACAUCCAAGUGAGACCAAAGCAAUUUGUGAAGAGCUUCAAGAAGAUUUCACUUCUGGCACAGAACCUGAAGAUCAUAUCGCGGAGACUUCAAUUUCUCAAAAGACACUUCAGUUCACUCCCACACGGAUGAGCACGCGAUCCAGGCAAACGGUUACGUUCAUGUCUCCCCUUCCUGAGGAACUGCCCAGUCGAACACAGAGAAACAAAGAGACCAAAGUCCGAGCCAGCACACCUCGGAGAAGCUCUCGCAACGCUGCGGUUGACCUUCCUCAAAUGCAGGACGCAAGUUCAAAGAAGCAGGACAUGGAUUAUGAUGAUGAUGAUGCGACAGCAGCUUUCCACACCUCCUCUGCUGCUUCUCCUUCUAGACGACGAGCUUCUCAAAGAGCAACUCCCGUAAGAACAAGAAAAACAAGUGGAAGCAAGAACAAACCUGAGGCUGGAGAGGAGGAACAUGAAGAUGUCCCGAACGCAAACAUUACCACAGAAGUAACCACCGGGAUUUCCAUCCCGGACAAACGCAGGAGCUAUCGCACGAGCACCCAAAGGAGGUCCAGUCGGAGAAUCCUUAACAGCGAUGAGGUGUUGCAAACAACACUGGAGGUAAUAAGAGAGGAUAAAAAAGAGCAUGAGGUUUUUUCACCCCCCGUCAAACCCAGCGCCAGAAAGACGAGGCUCAAACCAUUAGAGGAGGAACAGGACAGAACCCAGCCCAAAUCCAACUCGGGUAGAGCGACACGCCAGUCCAGGCGCCUCACUUUGAAUGGCACUCCGCAGAGUUCAACAAAGAUGGUGAGCAUCAGUGAUGGCGCAGACGAGCCCCCACCGAGCAAUCGCCGGCGGACAGCCACAGGCAAACUGCGGGACCACCCGGAGGAUGACCUUUUUUUACCGAAUACGACUUUAGAAACGGAUUCCGAAGCCCCAGUACCAGACGCCCUCAUCAAGAGGCUGCGGGACGAGGAGGAGAAGCCGAAAGUAGGUGUUGUCAAAAAAAUCUUCAAAACCAGGAGGACGUCGUCUGUGGAUGUGCUGGUGGUAGAUCCUGCGGAGGAUGAGGCCGCCCCGGGAGAGCAUUCAUUCCUCCGCUUGCCCUCACGAAGGAGAACAAGAGCAGCCAGCAGAGCAGCGUUUCCAAGUCCUACUAGCGACGAUGUUUCAGGUGGCGCCGUCACUCGCAACAAGAGAAGCGUCAAAAGUGCAUCAAAGGAGGAAUCGGCUUCGGAGGCAGACUACGGGGAAGACGACGAAGCAGCUUCCAAAAUCAGAAAAAUUGCCAAGCGAAAAACCAAAUCCACCUCAGAGCCACCUCCGCUCGUCGAAGCGGUUCUGAUCUCGCCAAUACCCAGCCCGGCGAUUCAGGCCCCGCAAGCCCAGAAGAGGACCAAGGAAGCAGCGCCUCUGAGGUCGUCCAUCAUGAAUUUGCGCCGUAAACGCAUCAUGGACAGUGUUUUGACCAAUCACGUCACGCGCAGGAAGAAGCUCUGAUGGAAAACGGAUUUCGACUUUUUAAAGUGAUGCUCGGCGCGUUUCGGGGAAGUUCACCAGUGGCCGUUUUGAUUGGGUUUGGUGCCAGCAACUGCCAGCUGCUAGUUAUUUACAAACAUUGUUAUUAAAAAUAAAAGUCAAGGGAGGCAGUAAAUCAGUGGUGUCCAAACUGUGACCCCCGAGGUCAUUUGCGGGCCGUGGUAUGACACGACAUGGCCGCAAUGGUAGUUUUUAAAAAAGUGGGUUGAAGCUUUUUUUUUUUUUUUUUUUAAACCCCCUUGGAGUGGGCCACCUACUUGCAAAAAUUCUUAUUGGCUGUAAAUCUCCGUUUUAAGAGCCCCAUGCAUUUAUAAUGGCUGUUGACGUUUUUUAUUUUUAGUCAGCCGAGCGGAGGUACAGUACAGUUUUUCUAGAUGUGCAAAUUAUGUACAAUUACCAUAGUAACAGCAUUUUUGUUUGAUAACGCUGUUUCUUGAAGAAAUAAUAUACAGUUGAGUUUGUUUUGGUCCGCUUCACAACACAUUGCUCCUGUUUUAGUUCUAAAUGUGAUUUUUUUUUUUUUUUUUUUUUUUUAAAUACAGUGUGGAUCUUUUCUAGUGGGCCCGAAACAUUUUCAAAUCCUAUUUGCCUUUUUCCCUUACCACAAAGUAUUUUCAAAAUGGCUACCAUGUCGGUUGAUUAAAUUUUCGCACGUUUAAUAAAUUUAAGUCAAACUUCAAAGGUGUAUGUGGCCUUCGGGGGGGGGGGUUUGGACACCCCUGUUUUAACUGCAUUCCUUCUCCAGUUUUUGUGGUUCAGUUUUAAACGAUGCGCUUCAGAAGAAAAGCAACCAAUAUUUUUAGCAAGUUGUAAUUUUAUUUUUUUUUUUCUGUUUAAAUAAAGUUCUAAAUAUAAAACUGUUCAUUAGUUUUUAUCAGACUGACAUUUCAUUUUACCGCUCGUCUUAAGUGUGGC